AUAACAAAUUACAGAAAAUAGCUUGAAAAUCAAUGGAAAUUAGACCAGCACAAAACAACAUAGGAAAACAGGAGAGAGAAAAACACCUUCUCCAUUUUCAAAUUCUCUGUCCUUAAAUUAUUAUUACAACGCAACGAUUAGAUCUUCAAAACCCUAGAUUUCGAUCUUUCAAAUCCUACAUUGUUUUCAUCCUAAAUUUCCCCCAAUUUUUGGUCCACCAAAACAAAAAUUCAAUUUUACCUGAACAAUCAGAUUCAAUUAGAUUACAAUUGCCGCUUCAAAUUUUUGAAAAUUUGACAUUCAUCAUUGCUCGAUUUUUAUUUUGAUCAACAAUGGCGAGAUAAUCUGCAUUUUUGUUGAACAUUUGUUUGUCAUUUGAUUCGACAAACAACGGAGUAAGAGAGAGAAAGAGGAGAAACGAGUUGACAUUUUGAGGAAUUUGACAAUGUCGUCGUUGUCGGCGAUUAGCGAGGAGCUCGGCGAGAUUGAUGGACAAAUCAAUGAUAUUUUUCGUGCAUUAUCAAAUGGGUUUCAGAAGUUGGAGAAGAUCAAGGAUUCCAGUAGACAGAGCAGACAACUGGAAGAGCUCACGGAUAAGAUGCGAGAGUGUAAAAGGCUUAUUAAAGAGUUUGAUCGAGAGGUGAAGAAUUUGGAAAGCAGGAAUGAUCCAAACACAAGCAAGACAUUGAAUGAGAGAAAACAGUCUAUGAUCAAGGAGCUGAAUUCAUAUGUUGCUUUGAAAAAGCAAUAUGCUUCCAAUCUUGAAAAUAAACGAGUUGAACUAUUUGAUGGGCCUAGCGAAGGGGUAGGAGAAGAAAAUGUUUUGUUAGCAUCCACUAUGACGAAUGAGCAGCUGAUGGAUCGUGGAAACACAAUGAUGGAUGAAACUGAUCAAGCCAUUGAUAGAGGAAAAAAGAUUGUUCACGAGACAAUUAAUGUAGGAACGGAAACUGCAGAAGCUCUUAAAGCCCAGACUGAUCAAAUGAGUAGGAUUGUUAAUGAACUGGACUCCAUAAAUUUCUCGAUCAAGAAAGCUUCGAAGCUAGUCAAGGAAAUCGGUCGACAGGUUGCUACUGAUAAAUGUAUCAUGGCCUUGCUUUUCCUCAUAGUGCUUGGAGUCAUAGCCAUCAUCAUUGCGAAGAUUAUAAACCCACACAACAAAGACAUCCGAGAUAUUCCUGGAUUAGCGCCACCGGCUCAAUCACGAAGACUGCUUUCAUUUCCAAACUGAAGUUCCUACCAAAGAAGAUGCUUCCUAGGAUUCUUACUUUGGUCUUUUGCUAUCUUGUGAGCCGUGUGAAAGACUUUGACUGCACCAAUGUCUUUUCGGAACCCGAGUAAUUUAGUCAAGAAUAUGUUCAUAUUGGCGGUACUUUGGCCUUUGUAAUAUAUUUGAUUUGGAGCCUUACAUCACAACUUGCCAAGAAUAUAUUCCAGCAUACAAGUGAUACAACUUCUUUUGUAGGGUUCAGUGUAGUGAUGCUGUCAAAAUAUUAAUUAUUCCUGUAAUCCUAUGUUCGAAUCAGCGUAAAAGUUUGUCAUUUCCAAAUGACUAAACUGCACGUUCACACAUGACUCGCAACCUUUGUAUAAUCAAACCUAAAUUCUUUCUUCCCCA